AUGUAUGAACGGGAGUUUAUCGACUACAACCCCUCGGAUGAAACGAUGUCCUUAGAAGAUCGGAAAGCCCUGUCAAUCGUGGAGAACGUCACAUUAAUGUCAGACGGACACUUGCAGGUUCCCAUGGAAAGGACAUCCUAUGAAACUCCCGAGCAAUUACACUUUUGUGAUCAGCCGAUUGCACAGCCUGAAGUCGAGGCUUCAACGAGAACCCCAACUCGCCCAGGGAUAUCGUAA